GCCGUUCCCCCACAAACAAACACAACACCGCGUUCUUCUUCUCAUCAGUCAGUCAAACUCAAAACUCAACACCAUGACCCCAAAAUCCCUCUUCUUCUUCUCCACCACCCUCGCUCUUCUCAUCCUCCUCAUACCCAUCUCUGCCCAAAUCUCCGACCCGAACCCGAAACCGACCCAAUCCCUAUCCGCGGCCCACACUGAGCUCACCAACUAUGGCUUCCCAGUCGGACUCUUACCCUCCUCAGUCCAUGGCUACUCCAUAAACAAGACCUCCGGCGACUUCUCCGUCGAGCUCGGCGGCGACUGCAAGAUCACUCUCCCGCCGGACAACUACCUCGCCACCUAUUCCAGGACAGUCAGGGGAAAGAUCGUUUCGGGUAAGAUCGCUGAGCUCGACGGGAUUCGGGUCCGUGCGUUGUUCAGGUGGUGGUCCAUCACCGGGAUCCGAUCCACCGGCGAAGACUUGGUGUUCGAGGUCGUCAUGGUCAGCGCCAAAUACCCCUCCAAGAACUUCGACGAGAGCCCCGAUUGCGAAGGUAAACACUCCUCUUCGUGAGUGAGCGAGUGAGGU